AUCAUUCCGGUGCAACUCUGACCCAACCUGGUGUCAUUUUGUUCGAGGCGCCGUUAACUGAUUGGCCAUGUUUGAAUUGCGUGUGUUAUCCCAGAUCGCUUAGCGCUGCGAGACAAGAAAUGGUUGUUCCGUAGAGAGCAAGUUUGGGUAUUGAAUCCUCUCCCCGGUAAAUUGUAAAAGUUAUGCGUGUGUGUUUUCGUAAUGCUAAUCCUUACUUAAUCAUAAUAAUGGUGUGCUGUCUCGAGAUAUGUCCCGCCUCCAACUGAUGUUUCUUUUAUAUUGUAUGAAAUCACUUGUGCAAUCUGAAAUACUUCGGAGAAAGAGCGAUCGAAGUAAUUGAUAUUAGUCAAGAAAAAUAUACUGGAGAAAUUAAUGGGACUGAAAGUUGAUGAACCCUCGGGACCUGAUAAUCAACAUCUGUGGCAAAUAAAGCUCUGAAGGAUUAACUUUCUGUGCAGUUUAGUUCAUAUGCAAUUUGAUGAUCAUCAGUGACUCAUGAAAGAUGGUUAAUGUCUUAAAAGGAGUUCUUAUUGAAUGUGACCCAGCCAUGAAACAAUUCUUGCUGUACUUGGAUGAUACAAAUGCUCUGGGGAAAAAAUUUGUAAUUCAAGACCUGGAUGAAACUCAUCUAUUUGUCCUGGCUGAGGUGGUCCAUAUCUUGCAAGAAAAAGUUGGAGACUUAAUGGAUCAAAACUCAUUUCCAUUAAUGCAGAAGUAAAUCAGUCGAGUGAUUUAAAUGGGGUAGAUUCCUAUUUUAAUGUAUCAGACUAAUUGAUGACCAGCUGUUACAAGAAAAAAGUGGACAAGAGUGUAACAGAGCAACUGUUGUGUAAGAGUUUUAUUUUCUGGAUAAACAUUGUUUUGGUAUUUAAAAGCAUUUCUGUAACCAUGCAUUUUUACUGAUUUGAAUUGUUUUACUGGAUCUAAAGGUCGAUCUAGGAUUGAUGUGCAUUUUACCCCAGGUGAGUCCAGAGAUGCAAACUAUGCAGUGGAAAGCCCAUUUGGGGACACCACGUUGCUACACCAACACAUCUUGCAAGACCUUGCUAAAGACUCUGACGUGCUCAUUAAGCUAAGUCUAGUAAUGCUGCAGGAUUCCCAAAUUUAUCAAAUAAAUCUCCAAAAUAUUCAUUCAUCUCUGUAUCCCACCACCAUUGCAUGCUUUCAAUGAAUGAGCACUAAUCACACUCAUUCCUUUUCCUUGUUUACCUUUGCUGAGGGCAACCUCUUUUUGAUGUUCUCAAAUACUCAUUGAUUUUAACGUCAUUGCAAAUUAAUCAGCUUUUCAUUAGCCCAUUUUUAAUGGUUUUUUAUCCUUUUAUAUUGGCAUUAAUAGCAAUUUUCAUAACACAAAAGAUACUCUCCAAGUCAUUUUAAAUAGAUUGGAACCCAGAUAGACACCUCUCACUCUUCAUGAGCUAUUGCCUCAACUUUCUCCACAGUCUUACUGUUAGUUCACUUUUAGAUUAUCUAUCUUCAUUUGUUGUACAUUCUAUAGUCCUAUUUUUAAAAGAAGUGGCUAUUAGUAAAAUGAUACAAUGAACAGUCCUUAAGGACAGAUUAUAGUUGCAAGAAUGUGUUUUUCUUAAUCUGUGUAUUGCAGAGUAAGAGACUUCUGUAGAGCCAUAAAUGUUAAAGCUGUGCAAGGUUUUCACAGCAAAAUCCAAGAAAAUCCUCAAGGCAAUUCAUUUGUAUUAAGGAACAUAUCUGGACCCUUGCCAAACAGCUAUUGCUGCUGUUAUUUGAAUUUAGCAUUCACUUAAGUGUUUUACUUUAUCUGGUCAUUGUCAUGCAACGAUUUAUCUAAGAUUCCUUUUUGUGCCAAAAUACACGUUUAGACCUAUGCCUGUCAUGUAAAAUCAACUUUCUAGUUCUGAUAAAUUUCAAUCAAUCUGCCUGAAUCUGACCAUUUUGGAAAACAUUUUUUUUAAAAGAAUUCAGUCUCAAACAAUUGGGAAACCUCAUUGAACUCUAAUAAUGACACGAAUAAAGAUUUACAACUUUAAAAAAAAUCACAUUGAAACCAUGUUGAAAAUUUAAAUUGUAUGUAAAAUUUCUAUAAAAUUUCAAAGAAUAUUACAAUAUGAAAGGAGACCAUUUGACCCAUCAUGUCUAUACAUCACGGUAUUAACGUUUUGCUUGCCCCUUUUUGUGAACUGUAAAAUUGUCUGGUGGACAAACUCCAUGUUUGGCACAUGUACAUUACUGUAACCUGCAAUAGUUUUGUGGGAAUCUUGUUAUUUACUGAAGUUUGAGGUAAGGUGGACACAAAACACCUUGAAGGCAACUGAAGUUUGGUGUCUAAAGAGUAUGACUCAUGAAUGAAAUGUCUUUAUGAUAUCUGACUAAUUUGUGACUAGGAACAUGUAUUUUUCUGGAAAUAUGUAUAGUCAAGUAUAGAUUGAUAGCCCCAACUUAUGGUGUCUAUGGGUAAACUAGAAUAGAAAGGGAAGGAAAGGAAAGCCUGAAUUCUGCCAUCAAAUUUAAUAUGUUUCAUACAUUUCCUGUUUUCUUUUUGGCGUUGUAAAAUGAGUAGAACGAGAUUUCUUUUGAUCACACACCAAUUGUGAAGCCAAGAUCUAUUUUAGAACAAACUGGAAUUAUCAAAUAAAAUAAUGAAAAUAUUCCACUUCA